GAGAUGGACAGAGCGAUUGUGCUUUAUAUUACACUGAUAGUGAACAGCCUUGAACAACUAAUCUCGACAGAUGGGACAAGAAAUCUUGGCUUCAGCUGCAGUUAUCACUGUUGCCCUGCUGGUGGCGCUGGUGGGCAGCAUUCAGGCUACAGAGGGACACCCCUUCUACGGAGUGAAGCUGUGUGGCAGAGAGUUCAUUCGAGCGGUCAUCUUCACCUGUGGAGGCUCUCGCUGGAGGAGAUCUCUGGAUGUGUCAGGUGACCUGUCCAGCGAUCUGCUCUCUGCUCACGACGACGAGGCCUCUGACAACUGGAGCACCAACCCCAUUACUGGACCCUCAUACAGACCCCGUUCUGAGUCAGAGGCCCCCGUCUGGACAGGAGAGGGCCAGGAGGGCCCCGUGUUCAGCCGCCCCGCCCGCUCGCUCAUCUCAGAGGAAGUGCUGGAGGCCUUGCGCACAUCAGACAGGAAAGGGCGGGAUGUGGUGGUAGGGCUGUCCAACGCCUGCUGUAAAUGGGGUUGCAGUAAAAGUGAGAUCAGCUCGUUAUGUUAAAGGACAAUUUAUUCAAAUAUCUCCAUCCUUCCUUCUACCACUUUUCCAUCCUUCUCAUAUGUGAAGAAUGAGGGUGGAGAGGUCAUAAGGGUGUUGAUGGUUGUUCUUUGUAUGAAAUAGUGAAAAUACAUUUGUUAGAACUUGUUGCCUUGUGUCAAAUAUGUAGGAAUAGCAGAAUUUAGCCAAAGUGAAGCGUCUGUCCAUUUUUGUGUCUGUCACAUUGUUCAGAAUGUUCUCACCAUGUCUACCCAUGUGAUGUUCUUGUGAGGUCACUGAUUUAGUAACGGCAAUCUGAAAUA